AUGAUAUUUCAGAACAGACAGGCCCAGAUCGAAGUAGUGCCUUCUGCCUCUGCCCUGAUCAUCAAAGCCCUCAAAGAACCGCCAAGAGACAGAAAGAAGCAAAAAAACAUUAAGCACAGUGGAAAUAUCACUUUUGAUGAGAUUGUCAGCAUUGCCCGACAGAUGCGUCACCGAUCUUUAGCUAGAGAACUCUCUGGAACCAUUAAAGAGAUCUUGGGGACUGCCCAGUCUGUGGGGUGCAAUGUUGAUGGUCGCCACCCUCAUGACAUCAUAGACGAUAUCAACAGUGGUGCAGUGGAAUGUCCGGCUAGUUAA